GUUCCCGUCCUGUCCCAAGGCUAGCCGAGGGCGGGUCUCUCCGGUUUCCCCGCCCCGGGAGCAGCCCGCACCUCCCGCAGGUUAAAACACCUGGAGCCGGGAUCCAGCUGCAGCGCCUUCGCCAGACCCUCUAGUGCCCGUGGACCCGGACCCGGAUCCGAUCUCCCGGAACCGGAGCCCCCUGCCCGUGGACCCGGACCCGAUCCUGUCUGACAGCUGUAGCCCUGAACCCUCCUAGAACCGAAUUGACCCGUGAUGGCUACCCCGACCCCCGCCCCAUCCCUCCCCGCCAUGGGAGACCCCUUCCACCUCUCCCUGCUGCGCACUCCGCGCGGCCGAUUCCGCGUCUCGCUGCCCCCAGGGGGUGAGUUCCUGCUGGGGACCCCGGAGCCACUGAGCCGUCCGGGCGCCGCUGGCCAAAGCUUCUGCAUCCCUAUCACCGAGAUGGUCGGGGUGCAGCUGGGCGGGUCUGGCUCCCCCCCCACAGUGGAGGGAAACCAGUUCACAGUUUUCUUCGUGCAGCGGGAGAAGCGACAGCGCUGGAGCCUGGGCUCCCUGGAGUUCACUGUGGCCCCUGGCUCGGGACUGGCCCCACGCUGGGUCGAUGCCCUGCAGCGGAGCAUCCAGCUGCAUGGUGUCACACGCCCCAGGAAGCUUCUGGUCUUCGUGAAUCCCGUGGGGGGGCGGUGCCGCGCGGGUGAGAUUUACCGGGACCGGGUGGCCGGGCUUUUUGCCCUGGCAGGGAUCCAGACAGAAGUCAUAGAGACCCAGCGACCCCACGAGGCCAGAGAGCUCAUCCUGCAGCAAGACCUGGGCGACCUGGAUGGGCUGGUUUGCGUCGGGGGUGAUGGGACGUUUAACGAGCUGAUGCAUGCACUCAUCUCCCGGACACAGAGGAAGGCUGGGAUUCCUGAGGACAACCCUGCGGCCACACUCCUGCCCCCCAGACUCCGCAUCGGCAUCAUCCCUGCAGGCUCCACGGACUGCAUCUGCUUCGCCACGGUGGGGACCAAUGACCCCGUCACCUCUGCCCUGCACAUCAUCAUCGGGGACAGCCAGCCCCUGGACGUGUGCAGUGUCCACCACCAUGAGCGGCUGCUGCGGUAUGCGGUCUCGCUGGUGGGCUAUGGCUUCUAUGGGGAUGUGGUGAGCGACAGUGAGCGGCACCGCUGGAUGGGCCCGAUGCGCUAUGACUUCUCAGGGUUCAAGGCCGUGCUGUGUAACCGCAGCUAUGAGGGCACCGUAGAGUUCCUGACGGCAGGGGGCACUGAGGCCAAUCCCCGGGACCAGACGCGCUGCAGGGCAGGCUGCCUUGUCUGCUCUGAGUCCAGUCACCAGCUCCUGGGGGGGAGCGAGGAGGAGAAGCUGCCACAGCAGGAAAGCACUGGGGCUGCAGUCAGUGAGUGGCAGCGGGAGCAGGGCCGUUUUCUGGCCAUUAACUUGACCUGCAUGAGCAGCGCCUGCCCCAAGAGUCCUGACGGCCUUUCGCCCAGCGCCCACCUGGCCGACGGCACAGCCGACCUCAUCCUGGUGCGCGAGUGCUCAGCUCUGGGCUUCCUGCGUCACCUGAGUCGACACAUGGACCAUCGGGACCAGUUUGACCUGCCCUUUGUGAGCGUACACCGGGUGCGGGCCCUGCGCUUUACCCCCAAGCAGCUGGAGGGCAGCGAGGAGAGGGAGCGGCCUGGCUGCAGGGGGUGGAAGGGGCUUCUACGGGGGCUGUGCUGGGGGGAGCAGCCACUGAGCUCCUGGAGCUGUGAUGGGGAGACCCUGCCCCAUGCCGACAUCAGUGUCAGGGUGCAUGGGCAGCUCAUCCACCUGUUUGCCCGGGGCAUCGAGCAGAAGAUGGGCCUGGUUUAGGGGCUGCUUGGAGCUGCGUCCUGUGAGAGGGCUGUGCCCUCGCCCAUCAGCGGAAACCAAGAGCCCUGCAGGGUGACAGACACUGUGGUCUGCGGGACAGCCGCAUGUCAGAGCCCUCUGUUUGCUCCCUGACCCCCAGAGGGAGUUGUGCCAUGCUGGGUCGGCCGUGGGGGUUGAACCAUCCCUGCCUGGCUGGCUCCG